AUAUUUCAGUCAAUUUAAAAUCUUAUGUUUAGCCAACAUAGAGUCUUUUAUAAUUCAAUAUUUGUAUAAGUUGCAAUAGAAUUUUAUAAUAUGUGGAAUGGGGACGAAAGUUUAAAAAACUGUAUUAAUACCGUUAAGUUCUACUUGGCCCAGCGAAUAACUUUCUUUAAGCUUAGAAAUAUAAAAUACUCAUAUGUCUUAACUUACAGUAGUGAAAAUAAAAUACAAUGUUGAAUAUUUUGGAUCUUGGAUUCCUUAGUGUUGCGAUUACUGUUGCUUUUACCGGGUUUUUGAUUAAUAAUUAUGAGAAGCACGUCCCAGCAUUUGUGAUAAAAGGCUUUAAGUAUGGAAGUUUCGCGUAUCAGGGUUCGGGGGCAAAUUAUCUGCACAUUAUUGAAGUGCCAAAAGCUCUCUAUAGACAUUUUUACGCUUUUUCUUCAGUAUUUAGUACCUUGAGUCUUAUAUACGCAUUUUUAGUGUACUGUUUCGAGUUUAGUGUUCACAGAUAUGUUGUGUUUAUGUUAAAAUUAAUUCUUGAGCAAGAUGAACCCACAGUUUCUGCAACAGCUAGUCUAUUGGCACUUUCGCUAAUUACGAUACAGUGUAUACGGAGAUGCUAUGAAACUUACUACCUACAAGUGUUUGCUAGCUCAAGUAAAAUGAAUCUCAGCCAUUAUAUAGCUGGUAUUGUACAUUACUUUGCGGUUGUAGUGGCUGCAAUCGGACAGUCACCAUUGUUCUGUGGCAGCCAAGACCGAAGCAAAGUUAUAUGGAUGGAUAGUAAAACAAUAGUUAUAUCUCCUUGCAGCUUAAUUUUCAUGUGGGCUUGGUAUGAACAGUACAAGAGCAAUAUUAUAUUUGCUAACUUACGAAAAGACAAGAAAUCAGGCAAAGUGGUGACCGAAGAUCACAAGAUACCUUAUGGACGGCUGUUUGAACAUGUAUCGAGUCCACACAGAAUGUGUGAAGUGAUUAUGUACAUUGUACUGCUACUAUUAGUACCCACUAGGACCUUCUUCUGUAUUUUCUUGUGGGUUAUUUGUAACCAGGUACAAACAGCGAUUCAUGCUCAUGUAUGGUACAAAAAGACGUUUAAAGACUAUCCGAGUAAUAGGACAGCCAUUGUUCCUAAAUUAUUAUAAAAAUAUAUAUACAUUACCUUAUAUGGUAACACGGUACUCAAAUUACCUUAGAUGGUAACACAAUAGCCAUAUAUAAUAUAUGAUGAGGCUAUAAUUUAUUAUAUUAAGAGGCAUUUAUUUAUUCUAUUAUACAAUUUUAAAUUAAAUAAAAAAAAAACUAUAAUAAA